AUGGACGCGGUCGUGCUGGUCGGCCCGACGCCGGCGGGCGUCUCCGGGCAGUUCCACGCCCUGACUGGCCUCGCACCGCUGCCACCGCUGUGGGCGCUGGGCAAGCACCAGUGCCGCUGGAACUACAUGACCGAGAAGGAUGUUGCCACAGUGGACUCCAGCUACGACAAGUACGACAUACCGUACGAUGUUAUCUGGCUCGACAUUGAGCACACCGACGGGAAGGCGUACUUCACCUGGCACAAGGACAACUUCCCGACGCCGAAGAACAUGAUGGACGGGAUCUCCGCCAAGAACCGCAAGUUUGUGAACGUGGUCGACCCCCACAUCAAGAAAGACGACAAGUUCCACGUGUUCACCGAGAUCCGCGACAGGGGGCUCUUCAUCAAGAAGGUCGACUUCAAGAUGAUCGACGACCCCACCGACAAGAAACCAGACGAAUGGCUAGACGAGUCGCAGGCGAAGAUCGCCGACCCCGAUGCCGUGGUUCCAGAGGGCUGGAGCGAGGAGGACGACGGCAAGUGGGAUCCCCCAAAGAUCGACAAUCCCGAGUACAAGGGCGUGUGGAAGCCUCGGCAGAUCGAGGAUCCAGACUCGCCGCUGAAGGACUUCGAGGGAUGGUGCUGGCCGGGCACGUCGGGGUACCCGGACUUCCCGGACCCCAAGAUGCGCGAGUUCUGGGGCUCGCAGUUUGCGCUGGACACGUACAAGGGUACCAACGCGGACCUUUAUGUCUGGAACGACAUGAACGAGCCCUCCGUGUUCAACGGCCCCGAGGUGACCUGCCCCCGCGACGCUGUCCACCCUCACGGCGGCACGGGCGUGAAGGGCGGCGUGGAGCACCGCGACCUGCACAACAUGUACGGCUACUACGUGCACCGCGCGACCUUCGAGGGCCUCGCCAAGCGCGUGGAGGGCGACAGGCCGUUCGUGCUCACCCGGUCCUUUUUCAUCGGCUCCCACAAGUACGCGGCCAUCUGGACGGGCGACAACUACGCGAAGUGGGAGCACCUGCAGGCUUCCAUCGCGAUGGUCGGCGCGCUGGCCGUGGCGGGCCAGUCCCUGGUCGGGGCGGACGUCGGGGGCUUCUUCAAGCACCCCGAGGCCGAGAUGGUGACCCGCUGGUACCAGCUGGCCGUCCUCGCCUACCCGUUCCUGCGGAGAAUCACGCCCACCUGGAGACGCCGCGCCGGGAACCCUACAAUGAAGGCCACCAUGCUGCUUGUCAAGAGCUCCCUGCAGCUCCGGUACAAGAUGCUGCCGCUGUGGUACACGCUGUUCCAAGAGUACGCCACCCUGGGGAAGCCCGUCGUGCGGCCGCUCUUCUGGGACUUCCUGCCAGAUGUUACGACGCACAGCGACGAGGACGCCGUGGAGAAUGAGAUCAUGCUGGGCGACUCGCUGCUGGUCAGGGGCAUCUGCAAGCCUAUGGAGGGCGAGCAGGAGUCCGCGGCGGUGUACUUGCCGAAGACUUCUGGCUGGUACGAUCUCUACACUGGGGCCUUCUACAAGCCGGGGAAGCACUCCUUGAAGGUGACUAUGGAGAACAUCCCGGCGUUCUACAGGGCUGGGAAGAUCGUGCCGCUCAAGUCGCGCAUCCGCCGCAGCAGCACGUGCAUGCACCAGGACCCCCUCAGAGCCCUCGGCACUUCGUGGAGGGUGAGGAGGGAGAAGGUGAGAGGAGGCGGAGGAGAUGGGGUGGCAGACGGUGACGGCGACGGGCCCGAGAGGGAGGGGCGAGAGGGAGGGACGAGGGGGGGGCAGAGAGGGGUAGGGACGGGACAGAGAGGGCGGAGGCGGACGAGAGGAGCGCAGGAGGAUAGAGGAGCGGAGGCGGAAGAGAGGGGCGAGGACAAGCCAGGCGCGCUCGCGCCACAUCGGACAUCAUACCCCUCCCACCCGCUCCUUCCCACUGCGCUGGUGUGUGCUUUGUUCGCCGACGGGUGUCGUAGCAGAUUUGGGAUCCUCCGGUGA